ACACCCCCUCCCUCCCCAACAACAACAACAAAAAAAAGCAUUGGCUGGCGAUCAAGACCAAAAGAAGACAUGAGAACUGGCUCACCUAAUAAGCUAAACUCUUGUUAUAUGUGUGUUUGUGUGGUGUCAAGCUAAACUCUGUUGUGUGUGUGUGUGUGUGUGUGUGUGUGUCUGCGUGUAUCAUCCUCAUGGCUUCUCUCUUCGGUCGUCAAAUGGGGGCAAUCGGCUGUCACUAACCCGGCUUUGCUGUGACGCUUCACUCUGAGAAAAAUAUGGCAACAGAUGACCCAUAGGAAUAGCUUCAACCAGACACUGGGAACGAAUAAAAAUUCAGAGCUGAACCAAAUGUAAAGGAUAACGCUUGAGAUUAUGACCCUGCAGCCCAAGUGUGAGGAUGUAGAGACAGCGGAGGGUGUAGCUAUUACGGUCACUGGGGUGGCUCAGGUAAAGGUGAUGACCGAAAAUGAACUGCUGGGCUACGCCUGCGAGCAGUUUUUAGGGAAGUCCGUCAUGGAGAUCAAGAGCGUCAUCCUGCAAACCCUUGAAGGUCACCUACGCGCCAUCCUCGGCACCUUGACUGUGGAGCAGAUUUACCAAGACAGGGACAAGUUUGCCACGCUGGUCCGAGAGGUGGCAGCACCUGACGUCGGCCGCAUGGGAAUUGAGAUCCUCAGCUUCACCAUCAAGGAUGUGUAUGACAAAGUGGAGUACCUGAGCUCACUGGGCAAAACGCAGACGGCUGCAGUGCAGAGGGACGCAGACAUUGGGGUGGCAGAGGCAGAGAGAGACGCUGGCAUCAGGGAAGCUGAGUGUAAGAAAGAAAUGAUGGAUGUUAAGUUCUUAGCAGACACAAAAAUGGCCGAUUCCAAGCGAGAGCUGGAGAUGCAGAGAGCGGCCUUCAACCAGGAAGUGAACACUAAGAAAGCAGAAGCUCAGCUGGCUUAUGAGCUGCAAGCAGCCAAAGAGCAGCAGAAGAUCCGUCUGGAGGAAAUCGAAAUUGAAGUGGUCCAGAGGAAGAAGCAGAUCAAGAUUGAGGAGAAGGAGAUCGACCGCACCGACAAGGAGCUCAUUGCCACGGUGAAAAGACCCGCUGAGGCUGAAGCUUACAAGAUUGAGCAGCUGGCUGAGGGACAGAAGAUGAAGAAAGUACUGACAGCCCAGGCUGAGGCUGAUAAGAUUCGCUUCAUUGGCGAAGCAGAGGCCGCAUCCAUCGAAGCUGUGGGAAAGGCAGAGGCUGAGAAAAUGAGGCUGAAGGCUGAAGCUUACCAGCAGUAUGGCGAGGCCGCCAAGACAGCUUUGGUGCUGGAGGCACUGCCCAAGAUCGCCAGCAAGGUGGCCGCACCAUUGGCCAAGACCAACGAGAUAGUGAUCCUGAGUGGCGAAGGAAGCCGUGUUACAGGAGAGGUGAACCGCCUGUUAGCUGAACUCCCCGUCUCUGUCAACGCCCUCACUGGAGUGGAUCUGACCAAGAUUCCUCUGCUGCAGAAGAUGAGCAGCCAAGUUGCCGUCUGAUGAAUCUCAAACCUUCGACAUAAACAGUAUCUGCCUCAAGCAUGACCACACUUUCUCACCCACUUAUGCAACUGCCACAAAUACCAAACCCGUCUUUUUUCCCUCCCCCAAGGACAAAAAAAGGCUUCUCUUCUUUAGUCAAUCAGGAUUUUAUGCUGCAGUCCUCUUCUAUUCACCCCCAGGUGUUGUGUGUGUUCCCUGAAGUGUUUAGAAAGGGAACACACGUGCUGGAAAAUAAAACCCAAAUCCUUUAAUGUGGUAAUCUGACUUUUUGUCUAUUCUCCAAAGCUGGAUCAGGUGUGAUGUUGUUUGUUCACCUUGAAGAAGAAGAAGAACUAAUACGAGAACCACUAUUCCGAUCACCGUCAGCUCGCCUGGCCUCUUCUUCUUCUUUGUCUUUUUCUUCUGUGCCGUGCCUGUCCAAUCACCACGCAAGUGCCCAAACCUUUUAGGACGGUGGUUUGGCCUCAGUCGUGCUAUGAAGAUGUUUAAAUGUGGUUCCCCGCUGUCACAUCUGCCUUUACUAACACACAGUUUGUGCUUUGGACCUUGACGCGUUUUAACACAAAAGCCACGUUUAGGAAGGAUGGCCUUAACGUGACCGUGGACACGCGCAUGGCACGCCGGGUCGCCCCCAUCGGUAGCGCAGUACCUCAUGUAGCAUGCUAAGCUAGACGCUCAGGGCCAUUCACUCUGGGCACCACACCUUCUUUCUCGGAAAUGACCAUUUUUUAGAAUGUUUACACAGGACUGUAGUUCUGUGUUUUAUCCGUUUGGUUGCAUUUAUACUCGUAACUAACAAUUUGCAUGUACAAGCGGCCGUCUGACUCGACAGACAACCUCUGACGCGGUUUGUGUGUGGAAGCAACCCCCUUUUGUGUAACCUAACGUUUUCACAUAUAGAAGCUUGAUUCAGGAGUCCUUCUAUUGAUACCAUGUCUACAUUUAGCUCAAAAGACAACCCCUUCAGCAGCGGCCAUUUUAGACGAUUUUGACUGAUCUUUCAAGGCACACAGAUUAUUGUGUUCUAUGGCUAUAUAAACAUGGAACCUACCAAAAGAAAGAUUAGACUCCCGUCUACCUUUUUGCGUUCUUUAGUAAUCAGCAGUAGAACAUAGGUAAGUUUCAGGAAAAUAUCAGUUCCCAACUAGAAAAGGGAGAAACCAGCUUUUUGUCAAAAGACGCAAUCAUUUUUUGCCUUAGUGACAGCUCAAGUAUCUAAACAACUAUACCGACAUAAACAACACGAAAAAGGGGUUGUUUUACAUCAAAAUAACAAUUUAUUUGCAAAUAUGACCUAUUUACAAUUUUCACAUGUGCGCGCGCGUGUGCAUGCGUGCGUUCAAAUUUCCCUACAAUGUGCAACCUUCCGCACGCGACCCUCCACCACGCUCUCUCACUUCCUCCUUCCUGUCAUGUGUGAUAUUUCCAUUCAUUCUUAGCAAAUGCACUUGUGCCACCUUGUGGCUGUUUUUAGGGCUUAAAAUUGCUCUGAAGUGAAAUCCAUGAGUGGAGAGUUGAGUCAUCACCUCGUUUUGCCUGUUGUGCAAAAAGAAACAACAUAAAAGACGCAGAAAAACAUUGUUUGGGAUUAUAGAAACGUAUAUAAGUCUUUGAUAUUGACUGAGUUAAUGACCUUUAUUGCGCCGAGGCACAUGUUUGACAAAAUUAAGCCACCUAGUGGGAGAUAUGUUAAAUAUUUGUAGCAAAUAAUCAUUUUUCCAACCAGUCAAAUGGAAGCGUACCUUUUUUUGUGAUGUGCCGCGGCACAGCGGCUGGGAACCACGCCUGUCUAACGUUCACCCUUCCUGCGUUUCAUGACCUAACCGACCUUUGUCACUUUGUGCAAUUGCUGAAUCAAGUAGGGGUGUCACAAGAUGUCACGAGAUUAAAAGUGUGACAAGAUUUCUCGUUUGGCAAAUGAAUUGAUUCAUCACACAAUAAAUAAAAUUGAAAAUGGCCUCAGUAUAUUGCCGUGUGUGUCUGUUUUCCUCGUCUCCCGCCUCCGAACAGGCAGCAAGAGGUUCACUCUUUGCAUUGCUUUCAGCACCUUGGCGCAUUUGUUCCAUAGAACAAUGGCAUGAACGGAGUGAGAACCUUCUUGUCAAUCAUAUGGUCUCUUUCUCUUGGUGGGUGGAGGCGGGGCCCCUAGCAUACGCACACAGAGUGCAGAAGAGCGUAGCGUUGUGAGGAGCAAUGCAAGGUGACGUGGUAGAAAUUAAAUUAGUAGAUUGCAAAUAUAUCGUCAUAUAUUUUAAAAUAUUUUUUCAUUCUACUUUUUCUAAAAGUAAUGUUAAAAUCUUGUCUCGUUCUCGUAGACCCAGUCUGGUGUAUCAUCUGGUCUUGUGACACCCCUAGAAUCUAGCUCUAGAGUACAAAGCUUAGAAAUAUAUUUGAGGAAAUGUUUAUUUUUUUUUUGUACCCAGUGCCUUUUGUCCAAAAAAGUCGAGGUUAUGAAUCUGUGCUGUUUCAAUCAUACUCAUGGUCUUGCUGCAACUGUUCCGUGUAACCUAGAUGUGAACGCUGUACAUGCAUUUCCUUUUUUACUUCAGCUUCAUGAGUUUUAUAACAUUCAACACAACACGUGGGAUCACAGUAAUAUGUACGUAGCUGCAAGGAUUUACAGUUAAAUGUUGCUGUUUUUUGUUCCUGUAUUUAGUCAUUAUUUUGGCCAGUAUAUUUUGUGCCAAAAAUAGCUUUGUCUAACGCAGCUAUACUAUUAUGUGUUACUCCAAGUAGACAUUUUGGAUGAAGACCAAACCUUAGACCUACGCCUUAACUCUCAUUUGAAAACGUCCCUCAUUUGUAUGUCCUGACGCACAAAAAAAGUCUCUAUGAUACUAGAUUGUGGAUUUCUAGUUACGCUUCCCAUGUAACACUGACCUUUUGGAAAAAGUGAUGCAGCAUGGCAUUUGACGUGUUUAACGUGUUCAUGUUAUUCUGUGUUGUGCGCCAUCCUCUAAUAAAAGAUAUAUACAUACCA